AUGAUCGAUUCUGAAGUGGCCGAGACGCUUAUGAGUCUUUCAGCGCCUGACGAGCGCAAUUUUCACGAUAAUCCACUCUAUGCCUCCGAGCCACCAUCGUUAUGGCAAGCUGGCAAGAAACGCGCCUUCGCAACCUUCGAUUCGUGUAUCACCACCUCGAUGCCAUCGUCCAGCUUCUUGCAUCCACAAUCAGAAUCAUAUAGUUCUGCUAUGGCACUUUUGGCUCACAGGAUUCAAGAGCGUCCUCUCACGUCCAUGAUACCUAGUCUUGAGGACGCCAGCAGUAGUAGCGAUGUGGACAUGGAAUCUGGCGAAGCUAGCGAUGAAUCAUCUGAUCGCCAGACUUGGCCUACUUAUCGCUCGUCUUUCGACGGCCUCGUCGCUGCUGCAGCCAUCAAGCAAAAUGACAACGACAUCUUCUCAAAAGUUAACAGUAGGCCAAUUUCCAUUCCCAUGCGCGGUGGCAACAACAGUAGCAGCAUGAAAUAUGGUGACCAUUCAUCCUUUGAUCGGAAAUAUUCCUCUUCGUGCGGUAAGAAGUACAAAUCUAGCAGUCUUUCACGCGUGCAGGAAGACAAAUCUUUCUUGGGUCGCGACUGCAGCCCUACGGGUGUUGAGGAUGAUGGCACGUGGUACGAUAGUGAGUACAGGCAGCGCGUACGCCUAGCCUCUGUGUGCUCUUCCGAAGGAAGCGAUUAUGGUGGACUGGGUCGUCAGCACCUAGAAGAAUUCAUUCGUAUGGAAAUUUCGGCAGCUAAUGAGAAUGACCAGCGCAGAGAAAGCACAUCGAAUUCAUCUGAGAGCAAAUACAUCGGCAGUUACUCCCCUGAAGCCCGACGAAAGCGUAUUGAUCGCUUUCUUGAAAAGCGUAAGCGUCGCGUGUGGGCCAAGAAAGUGGAUUACGAUGUUCGCAAGAAUUUUGCAAACUCGCGCUUGCGCGUUAAAGGUCGCUUCGUCAAAAAGGAGGACGAAGAGCUGUUGUGCCAGUUAAUGAGCUACACGUGA